GUAACCUUCUAACACACACACACACACACACACACACACACACCAACUCACCCACUCUCUCGCACGGGAUCUCUCCGACCGGCCGCAUUCCUCCGCUCUCCCAUCCAAACCCCACGCGUUUUUUUUGCGCGGGGGACACUUCUCUUUGGAUUUUAAUGCCUGAGUUAAUAAUUCAGCUGGCGCUACUUUCGGGUAGUUUGCGGGUCUUUUCCUUCGGCGACGAGCGGCUGCGGUGCGGACUUCGGCACAUCGGCAAGCUGUGCUUAGGUGCCCUCUCCCAGCCCCUCUCUGGAUGCAUCAGACCCCUCCUCCCCGGGGCCCUGGACCCGGCUUGUGACUCCGCCAACCUCGCCCCGUUGCCCCUCCAUCUCCGGUCACCCUGCUCCACAUUUACCUCCACCUGUCCGUCCCGGGGCUCCUGCUCCGGGCCCCCUGCCCCUCGACCGGCGGGCAGAGGCAGGGGGCCAUGGCGCCGCGGUAGCCAGGCCCCUCGCAAUGAGCAGUGUGACCCCUUCGGAGAGCAGCAGGAUUCAGGGGUCAGACUUAGCCCCACUUCACUACAAGCCCUUCAGCUCGCAUGAACACUACCAGCAGGUUAUGGAUGCUCAUCGUAAGCUUCUGGAGAGCGGCUUCUACUUUGGGCCCAUUGGGGGUUUGGAGGCCAAAGCCUUGCUGAGCAAAGAAGAACCUGGCACUUUCCUCAUCCGCGACUCGUCGGACCGCCGCUACUUCUUCACCCUGUCUGUGCAGACGGUUUAUGGAACCAGGAACCUCCGCAUCCACAGCGAGGAAGGCGGCUUCUUCCUCGAGAACGACUACCAAAACAAAGAGAAGGUGCCGCGGUUCGACUGCGUGCUGAAGCUCAUCACGUUCUACAUGGGCAGAGGGAGGGACGUGCAACUGACCAUGGAUGGGGCGAGCGAAGGAAGUAUGGAAACCAUUUACCUGAUGGACAGCCGCGGGAUUAAAACCCCGCUGGAGCUGCUGAAGCCCCUCAAGAUCAGCCCCUCGUCUCUGAAGCACAUAUGCAGGAGAGCGCUGAACCGAACGGGCCAAGGAGAGAUGCAGCAACUCCCGCAGGCGCUCAGAGACUUCAUGGAGAAGUACGACGCAUCUAUCUGACUGAUGAGGAACAGCACAGAACGCUUCUCAGAGCUGAUCAGACUGAAAUGAGGUCACUGCGACCAGAAUCAGCCGAUCUCAGCACUUUUGAUUCCUAAUAAAUCGCUGUUGGGCUCUGUCUACCUUAACCCCCAGAUGCUGGAGUCGGGUUCGGGUAACCGGCGAUUACCUCGUCUAACCUGCCUUAGGAGAACCUGACCACUACCGUUUGGGGUGGCAGAUGAAGCCAGAGGUCAAAGGUCAGCGUUUCCUAUGACUGACUCAGACGCAGAGCAGAGCCUCGUAGAAGAUUGUAAACGAUGGCGGGAUCACGCCGCCGAUGUUGGUGGGUUUUAACGCUCUUAAAGAAAGAACAUCCUCAUUUUUCCAACACUUUGGAUCACAGGACAGAGAGACGGGGAGGGAGCAACAGAAAAAAGGCAAAGUCCAAACGAGAGAAGAGAGAGAGGGAGAGGGAGAGAUCCCGGCAUACAGUAUUUGUUUGUCUGAGUGUGUGCGUUGUGGUUGUGCACAUAUUUCCAUUCCCUUUUCCCGCAAAUGUUGCCACAUAGAGGGGAGUGGGCUGGCCAUGCACGCUAGCUCAACACACACUCUUGCAGGUACAGGCCCACAUGCCGGUUUUGUCUGCGUAGGACACAAAAAAAAUUCAUUUCUUCUUCUGCUGUUUGUUUCUUAUUCCUCCUCCAUUACCCUUCCCUCCAUUUUUUUUCUUUUUUUUGAUGCAUGUGUGCUCUGACAGCGCCAGAAAACAGACCGCAGUCGCCGAGACAAAAGCUUGUUAUUGACACAAAGGCUCUUGUGAGGGACCAAACAAAAGAAGAAGAAAUUAUUUUUAUCCAGACUGCAAAGAUGUAAAGAUUUGCUGGAGACUGGCGGUAAUAAUCCCGGGGAUGGGGAAGGAAGAAGGGUGGGAAGACAGAGGAGGGGGGCAGAAGAGCGGGAAAUGGGAUUAGGGAAGGGGAAACUGAAGGAGGAGGAGACAUACUGGUAUACAGCUUGAUAAAAACACUGAUUAGAUUGAUGAUGCAGUCCUACAGGAUGUAGCUUGUGUAAAUAAGACGGCUCCAUCUUAGUCUCAAAUCAGUUCUUUUAGAGUAUUUUAUCUAGAAAUGCAACAAACUAACUUGUACUGGCUGAUACCAAUAUAUCCAAUUUGUUUGAGAGCCUGACCUUCCAAUUUUUAGGUCUGUAAGACAAACACUUUUAUGUAAAUGUUUUAAUUCUGUAGCUAAAGGCUGCAUGAUGGAGGAAGUAGUAACAAACCCAAAGAAAAAUUAGGCAAUCAUGAGAUUUCUUUUGUUUUUUAUGAAACUCAAAAUAAACUCCAUCAAAGGCGUGAUGUUUGUGGAUAUGCUUACACACUAAAAAUUUUAUUUUUGACGCAUUUAAAACAUACCGUAUUUUUCGGACUAUAAGACGCUACUUUUCUCCCACCAUGCCGCUUUGAACCAUGGGGCUUGUAGUCCGGUGCGGCUUUUCUGUGGAUUUUUCUUCAAAUUUAUUCAAACUCAUACCCCCUAAUCAUGGAAACCACAGUAAGAAGUUCAUAUGAUGCAGCUUUUAAGUUGAAGGCUAUCGAUCUGGCAGUACAGAUCGAUAGCCGCUGCACGUAAACUCGGCGUGAACGAGUCCAUGGUUCGGCGUUGGAGACGCAGGGCUGCGUCCUUAAUAGCAGAUUUUUUAAGGACGCAGCUCUCCUGAGAGCGGCGGAGAUACCAGCGGCUUAUAGCCCGUUAUAUGUACGUUUCCAUUUUUUUUUUAAAAAUACUUUGUGGGUGCGGCUUAUAGUCUGGAAAAUACGGUACUUAAAAAACUGAGAUGCACCUAUUGAUCAGCUGGAGGUCGGAAUUGGCUGAGUUUGAUUCUGAUUCUAUUCAAUUCCAGUUUUUAAAAAAAUGUCAGUGAUGACUUUAAUUAAAACUCAGAAGUGCAUCAAAGUGCAUGCUUAUAUAUUUUAUUUUUGUAGGCAGAUGGACAUAUGCAUUUUGUGUGUAACAUUUUUAUUAACUUAUUUCCUUUUAAGCCUUUUGUGUUGGUUGCCUGCCCGCUCUCUCUCUUUCUCUAUCUCCUGGUCUUCCUGCGCCAUUCAUGAAAGAGUUAAGAGGAAACAUGCUGUUUUUUGAACUGUUUAUAACCUUUUUUUUCUUUGCCUCUGGAGAACAUCAAGGGAACUACAUACUUCCCUUAGGAGAUUCUUUUAAAAAUGCCUUUUGUAAAACUAACUGCAAGACUCAGAUUUGACCCACAUUAUUAUCUUUUUGUUGUGUUUUUCUCGUGCUCAUACUCACCUGUAAUCCAUAUUGGAAUGGUAACCUCGUCUUUUCUUUUUACAUCAUGAAACAGUGUGAGUUUAUGUAGCCCCAGUGAUGCACACCUUUUGUAUUUAAUGGUCAGAUCUGGGUCUUACUGUCUUGCAUCAAACACCAAGUUCUUACAUGUUGUGCUGCAGCAGUAGACCGAGUGUAUGUGAAUCAUUUGUCUUUUAUAAAGACUCACUUGCAAAAGGCUGGCCACUAGUCUGGCAAAAUACAAGCUGUAAUAUCUGCAAUGUCAAAAGCAUUACAUAAUAAAUGAAAAGGAAACGUUGCACAUAUUUAUAUUUCUAAAAUAUUUCAAUAAUUUAUAUUAAAGAGCACUAUUUUUACAAAAGCCAA